GAUAGUACAAUGGAUUACCGGGAUCCGAGACAUUUCCGUCUCCGUGGAAGACCGCGGGCGGCUCUCCGUUCUAGUGCUGGACGAGUCGCGCACGAGCUCCCCUCCCCCACACACCAAAUCCGCAGCCGUCGUCUUCCCUUCCGCUCCGCCUCCGCCCCAUCCGACACCCUCCGCCCCUCGCCGGCUCCCGUGGCGUCCUCGCCGUACUCUCCGCCGGCCGCCGCCUCCUCCCCCUCCCCCUCUGUCAGAAAUUAUGGAUGAAGAGAAUUUCAUGGAACAUGGCAUUGGUGAGCUCCCUCAAAACCUUUACGAUGAAGAACAGCUGAACUCUUUCGACAAUACGGUGCAGUAUAACGAAGAGCCUGGUGACCCAUACAAAGACGAAGAGCCUGGAAACCAAUAUGACGAAGGAGCUGGGAAUGCAUACAACGAGGUGCAAGCAAAUUUGCUCAGCGAAGAACCAGAAACUCAGUACGAUGAUGAACCAGCAAACCCUUACCAGGAAGAGAAUGCAUACAAUGGGGAAGUGAAGCAGCAGGAAAGCUUGCAGGUAGAGGGUGAUGAUAAGAGGUGGCCAGGUUGGCCAGGAGAUAGUGUUUUCCGCAUACUAGUCCCAGCCCAGAAGGUGGGUGCUAUCAUUGGCCGCAAAGGGGAGUUUAUCAAAAGGAUGUGCGAGGAGUCUAAAGCUCGCAUAAAAAUACUAGAUGGCCCACCUGGUGCAACAGAAAGAGCAGUAAUAAUUUCAGCAAAGGAUGAGCCAGAUGAACCGAUAUCUCCAGCUAUGGAUGGCUUGCUUAAAAUUCAUAAGCGGAUAACUGAUGGUUCAGAUGGUGAAUCUGGCCAGCUCCAACGGGGUGCUAGUAAUGUAGGACCAACACGACUGCUAGUGCCAGCUUCCCAAGCUGGCAGCCUUAUUGGGAAGCAAGGAGCAACCAUUAAAUCCAUACAAGAUUCUUCAAAGUCAGUUGUCCGGAUUGUUGAAAAUGUGCCCCCUGUUGCACUAAAUGAUGAUAGAGUUGUGGAGAUACAAGGCGAGCCUCUUGGUGUCCACAAAGCAGUGGAGUUGAUAGCAAGUCACUUGAGAAAAUUUCUUGUUGACCACAGCGUUCUCCAACUAUUUGAACAGCAAAUGAAAAUGCACAGUGUGCAGAGAGAGCAGCCCAUGGCAGCCCCACAGCAUUGGGCGCCUCCUCAACCCUGGGUUCCUCCUCCAAACCUCCCUCCUGGUGGUCCAGGUUAUGGUGGAAAUCCACAGUUCAUGCCUCCAAGGCCACAAGACAACUAUUAUCCCCGUCCAGAUGUGCCGCCUAUGGAAAAGCAGCCGCACUAUGGCAUUUCUGCAUAUGGACGUGAGGCACCACCAAGUGGUACUUCAGGCAAUCAACCACCACUGCAUGUGGCCUCUCAGGUACAUAACAUGCAAAUUCCUCUCUCCUAUGCUGAUGCCGUGAUUGGGGCGGCUGGUGCUAGUAUCAGCUAUAUCCGUAGGCACAGUGGUGCAGCAGUAACUAUUCAAGAAAGCAGAGGUGCACCUGGAGAGAUGACUGUGGAGAUAAUUGGAAGCGCAUCCCAAGUUCAAACUGCCCAGCAACUGAUCCAGAAUUUCAUGGCGGAAGCCGCUCCACAAACCCGGCCGCCGGCUUCCAACCCUCCUGCUCCGCCAGUCGACCCGGGUUACAGCUCUUACCCGCCACCACCAUAUGGGGCUCCUCCCACAGGUGCAGGAGGGCCUGCUCCUCACAAUGGCGGAGGCUACGGUGGCGGCUCCGGCUCUUACCAUCCCAGCUACGGAUACUAGCUUGUAACAGCAAGCUAAACGAUUUGCUCCAUCUCUAUUGUGAUGGUUGGUUUUUUAUCGUUGCCCAAUAAUUACAGUCAUGGAUUCCUGCCUAUCAAAUUAGUCAGUCUCGUGUAUGGUUGGUGGUAGACUUUGGUAGUGUGUUUCCCGUCGUGACAUGUGGUUUAUAGCUGAGCUACCUCAUUGGAUACAAAAUACUUGUUGAGUUGAGUUGGAACAAUUGUCCGAAUUUGAAAGAGUGGACCAAACAAAUUGAAUCGAA